AUGGCCGCGUUUGGGAUAUCGGAUGAAACGGGUUGGCAGUUGCUUGACAUGUACUGGACUUGGCUUCAUCCACUGCACAACUGCAUUUAUCGACCAGUCUUCCUCAUGGACAUGGCGCUCAAUGGCACAUACUAUUCCGACUUUUUGCUCAUGGCAAUCUUUACUUUGGCUGCCCGGCAUCUCAGUCGCCAAGAGGGCGAUUCUAUCGACUCCAAUAUGGGCGACAAGUUCUUCUCUCGAGCCAAGAUGCUACUCAUGGACGAGCUCGAUAAUACUAAGCCGCGCAUACCAACAAUCCAAGGACUUCUGAUCCUUGGAGGGCGACAAUGUGCCAUUGGUAGAAGCUCCCAAGGGUGGCUUUUUACAGGCAUGGCGAUCAGAAUGAUGGUCGAUAUUGGGAUCCACCUUAAUGCGAACCGAAUCGCUGAACUAGAAAACUUGACUCCCUCCGAGAUUGAGACGAGGAAGCGACUGUAUAACUCGGCGUUUAUAUGGGACAAGACGCUCAGCCUUGCCCUUGGGCGGCCACCAUCCUUGACAGGGUCGCCUUAUGGACCGGACGAAAUUCUUGACCACUACGACAAUCAACGCAAUUGGCAGCCCCUUCAUGCUGACAUUACUAAUGCUGCCUACAACCCGACACCAAUGUAUAACACGGCAACAUUCUGCGCAUUUUGUCAACUACAUGUGAUAACGACCGAUAUGAUGAUGCUACUCUUCGAUCACGUAUAUACAGAGAAUAUAUAUCCCAAGAUUGAGGCCAUGUCAAAUAGACUUACGGCAUGGUAUAGCGAGCUACCCUCUUCUCUCAAGAUCGAAGAGGGUUUGUCACAAUGCUCACCGCCCCAUAUUGCCUCUCUAAACUUUCUAUAUCACGCACUCCACAUCCUUCUUCUCCGGCCACUCCUGCACUCUCCCAACGCCUCGCUUCGCAAGUUAUCGCUCGACACAUGCGUCAACCACUCCAAAAGGAUACACGCAAUCCACGACCUUUAUACCAAAAGCUUUCCUCAUCGUUUGAUGACAUAUCAAGUAAGCUACUGCGUAUAUACAGCAGCUACGGUGGAUGUGCUCGAUAUGCGGCGCUCUGAAGCCGAGGCCCGGAUUGAAGCCGCGAGACGACUUGGAAUGGCGGUUCGGACGCUGCAGGAAGAGGCCAAGCAUACACCUGGAAGUGGUCGUAGUCUGGAUACAAUCAGAAGGCAGCUUACAGUCUGGGAAGUAAGCGGCACCCCCAAUGCGUCUACGAAUCGACCAUUGGGAACAUAUGGUGGUAAUUCAGCUUUUGAGAUACAGCAGGCCGGACAAGAGAGGGGAGAACAGUCGUCUACAAAUGUGGCCACGCCGCAGCCUCUGCACGUGUCCCAGAUUCCACUCGCUGCAGACUUUGGGGUCACUGGAGCGCAGGGUGUAAAUGAAGGGGUAUCUGGUUUCAUGUCGAGGUACCAGAGCCCAUUCAGCUUUGGAAUGCUUGAUACCGGAGCCGGGUUCCAUCCUGAUUCGUUCCCAUGGGAUAUGACUGAGAUAUUUGGCAAUACGCAGGGACAUGGGCCUAUGGAGCAUAAUGAAUAG